CUAAGAGCACCACGGCUGUAUGACCUUGUUAAUACUGGCCUAUUGAAGGGUCACGGGAUUAAGGAAGUCAUUACAUGUGACCCAAAAAAUGACAAAAAAACAAUAUUUUUUAGACUAAAAUAUGCCCAUGUUUCCACCGGCUCAUUAGAAAUACUACUGAGUAUAAGCGUUUUGUUUUCCCACACAGGUUAUGGAUACACAACUCCAAAGACCGCCCAAGGCAAAAUUCUGACAAUUUUCUACGCACUAAUUGGUAUUCCGCUGGUCGUUCUCUAUUUAUCAAAUAUUGGUGAUUAUUUGGCCGACGUCUUUCGUGCACUAUAUUCCCGGACCUGUCGUAAUACCUGUGAAAACUACUGUUCCAUCUCGCUAUUCACUUCGGUAGUCCGGUCACUUGUACGUCGAUAUUACGGUAAGCCUGUAGAAGAUGAGAUUCCAAACGAUGAAAUGAUUCAUAUCGAUGGUGUGGCAGGAGGAGGGAAUGUCCCUUUUCGACGAAGGAAGCGUGUCCUACUGAAAGCUUUUUCCCUAACGGAUGACGAAUGUCCCCACGAUGAAAGUGAUUUGGAAGCAAAUGAACUGAGUUUCUCAGGAGUUCGAAAAGAUCCAAACCAUAUUCAACCAACAGAAGAAACGGGACGCACACCCAAAACAAGAUGUGGUCCUAAUAUUGAACGAUUGCGAACCCUUUUUGAAGAAAUUGGCGUCUAUAGGGUCAUGCAUUCUCCCAGGCUAGUUUCCGCUAUGAAU